UCAAUUGAUUGUUCUCACGAUCUAUUUUUCAAUUUAUCGGAUUAAAAGUCUUUUUCUUUUUUCUUACAUUUUAUCACUUUACUCAUUUACACACACACAUUCUGUUUACUCACUUGACCAAAUUUAUUUACACAUCAAAAAAAUAGUACGAAACAUUUAACUAUUAAACAUUACUAAUCACUCGGCGCGUCAAAAUUAUUCGAAGAAAGAAACGCGUAUUUACUCGACAAACACACAACGCGUGUUUACUAGUUACUCGAUGUCAGCUGAUAUCGAACUCAGCUAAGCAAGCAGACAACUGACUUUAUUGGUUAUUGUGUGGUAACACUGUCGAAUAUGUGUCUGGAAACGCGGCAACUUAAAAAUAAAAAUAUUAAUUAAUAUGAUUUACUAUUAUAAUUUGUUGAAGAAUAUGUUGGAAAUGCAUACACGGAGACCCGGAGAGCAAAAAAUUUGACAUUCUAGCAAUCAAUUUGAAUAUUCUACGUAAUUAUUUAGAUGAUAGAAAAUUAAUUUUAAAUCUGUAUUAAAGAUCUGUGUUAAAGACAAUUGAGAUGAUUAUCGAUUAUUGAGCGCAGCAGACGCCUCGCAGUGCUCGUGGUGCCCGCGAGCAGCGGUGAGUUGUGCCACCCCUGCUUACUUCUUGUAUCCGAUUCAGGAUACGUAAACUAUUUCUUAUUAUAUCUAGAAAUCUAAACUCUGGAUAAUUUUUUGCGAAAGAAAAAGUUGACUCAGAAUAUUACUAAGAAUACGUCUAUGCAAGGACAUAUAGUUAUUUUGAAUCACCCUGUAUAUGUUUUCGCGCUGAUAGUACUCCGAGUAUUAAUCUGAUAAAGUACUAAUACCACUUCAAUACUUUAAAGUACUAAUGAAUAUUAUUGCUUUUAGUACUGCCAGUACUGUAAGCACAAAUAGGCACAGUACUGUAUUCUGCAAUAUUCAUGCAAUAUUAAUAUAUUAAUACUCUCAGUAUUAAUCCUAAUACUCCCAAUACUGAUCACUUAGUACUGAGUGCUGAGUGUUAUUACUACUUUUUCGUAAGGGAAGGUAUACGCGUAUCUCGCGAUUAUUUGCAUUUCUUUUAAGUAACAUGUUACGGGCAAAAAAUUCAAAAACCGAUUUAUCAAUUCCGUUGAAGACUUCUCAAAACGGGAGCAGCUUGCGUUCUUUUGUUUAACGGGGCUUUCAAUUUAUUGUUUUAGGGCAACCGCAGCACAUCUGCUUAUUCCCAGGGAUACGCUGAAAGCCGGAAGGAUUGUUUAUUGCAUUUGAGAGAGAAAUAAAUGGGACGAGAGACAGGUUAAAUAAACGUAUUUAUUUAUUUAUUAAUCAGUUGUAUUUUAGUUUAUUGAAUAUUUAUACAAUAAUUGUUUGAUACAUCUGGAGUAGAUGUAGACCGCAACUUGAACGGUAUAUUGCAUGAAGAAUAUAAUAUGUACAUAUAAAUAUAAAUGUAUUCAUAUGUAUCAGCUUUGUAACAAAUAAAUCAUGAAUUCUAAUUAUUCGAAAAGUAUGUAAUAGAUAGAUCUAAGAUAUGCAUAUGAAACGAUUAAAUCAAAUAGUGAAAAUAAGUACGUUAUUAAAUUAUUGGUAAUCAGAUAAGACAUAAGUUCAGUCAGCAUUUAGUCGUUCGAAAAUGACAGACUUAUUUCUAAAAUUUAUAGAAAAUGAUUGAUUAAGUUCUAUCACAAUUUAAAGUCAAGCGAGAAUCAUUUACUUUAUUGAUAAUAUGAACUUAUGAUGAAUGUUUCUGUUUAAGGAGUUGAGUGGCACCCGUUUGGUUACGUCAAUAUUGGUCACGUCAACAUUGACCACGAUCCCGAUUAACCACGGAGUGGAUUGGCCGCGUCAAAAUUGGCCACGCGUCAAUAUUGACCACGCGUCAUUAUUGGUCACGUCAAUAUUGCCCACUGGCCAAUGACGUGGCCAAUGACGUGACCAAUAAUGAUGCGUGGCUAAUAUUGACGUGGCCAAUCGGGACCGUGGCCAAUAUUGACGUGGGCAAACGGAACGCUUCCAAAGGGUUGCGAACAAACCACUCUAGAAUUUUCAAAAAAUGGAAAAAUUUUUUUUAUUUAAAAGGUGCCUAAGAGUCUUAAAAAUAAGAUACAACAUCAUUUAUAAUGGGGAGAAUUUUUUAAGUGCCUGUAUUUUGAUCCCGAUCAAAGUCACCUGCUGCGCGCUCGGAGCAAGUAUAAGACUCGGCGCGACGCGCUACGAUUUUUAUUAUUUGGAAUGCUUAUACUUGCUAGGAUAAUAAAAUAUUAGUUACCUGUUUCAUUUAAGUGAUCAUAAAUGGCACUAGUAAUACUACCGUAAAAAAAUAUUAGUUUUAUUUCUGUCUUCAGUGUAACCGUUGAACCCUAUUCGCACGACACGUGGCUUUUUACUCUGCAUUUUGUUAAAUUUUGUGGUUUUUGUCAGUGUUUAAAUGUAGUAAUACAAAUUUACAUCAUGAGUGAAAACAAAGUGAAUCGUAAUCGAAAAGGAACUAAUGUCUACGGACGAACAGCCGCAGCACGAAAGAUGUCCGUCCGGUGAAGAUUCGUGGUGCUCGUGGUAGCGAAUGAAUGCCGCUAAUACCUUGGAAGAAUAUCAUCAUAAACUAUUUCUUUCCCAAGAUGUAUUCAAAACCAUGAAGCCAAUAUAUGAGGAUUUAAGCAGUGACGAUCUUCUCACUCGAUGCAUAGGUGACCAUACACAAAAUAACAACGAGAGUUUCAACUCAACAGUGUGGGCGAUGGCUCCUAGAACAACUUCAAGUGGCAAGACAAUUCUCGAUAUCGUGACACAUAUUGCUGUUUGCGUGUACAAUGAUAGAAUGACACCGAUAAUGGAAAUUAUGCAAACUUUGGGAAUCAAAAUCGGAACAAAUUGCUAUAAUUUCUGCACCGAAGCCGACGAACGCCGUGUAUCACUGGCUGAAACAUUACUGUCUGACGCAGCAAAAUCGGCUAGGCAGUCUGCAAAAGCCACCAGAAAAGAAGAAGAACAGAAGAAUGCCAAUUUGAAAGGCCAAUUAUACGGGGCAUCGUAGAUUGAAAGUGUGUGCGUGCGUGCGUGCGUGCG